UGCGGCACCGCCUCAGUCCCUGGGCUCUCGCUGGCGGGGGGUGGCUGGGACCUUCAGCUCGCCAGGCUGGCAGGGUCGGGGCCGCUGCUCCACCGGCGGACGGGAUGGAGACGAUGCGAGCACAGCGGCUGCAGCCCGGAGUGGGCACCAGCGGGAGGGGCACUCUGCGAGCGCUUCGGCCCGGAGUGACUGGGGCCGCGGCUGCCACCGCCACACCCCCGGCAGGCCCCCCGCCCGCACCGCCGCCCCCCGCGCCGCCCCCGCCGCCCCUGCUCCUGUCCGGGGCCCCGGGGCUGCCGCUGCCCCCGGGCUCCGCCGGCAGCCCAGCGGUGCUGCGGGAGGCCGUGGAGGCCGUGGUGAGGAGCUUCGCCAAGCACACGCAGGGCUAUGGCCGAGUGAAUGUGGUGGAGGCACUUCAGGAAUUCUGGCAGAUGAAGCAGUCCCGUGGGGCAGACUUGAAGAACGGGGCUCUGGUGGUUUAUGAAAUGGUUCCCUCCAACAGCCCUCCUUAUGUCUGCUACGUCACUCUGCCCGGGGGAAGUUGCUUUGGGAGCUUCCAGUUUUGCCCCACAAAAGCUGAGGCCCGGCGGAGUGCUGCAAAGAUUGCACUGAUGAAUUCUGUGUUUAAUGAACACCCUUCCCGAAGAAUCACUGAUGAGUUCAUUGAGAAGAGUGUCUCUGAGGCCCUGGCAUCUUUCAAUGGCAACAGGGAGGAAGCUGACAACCCAAACACAGGGAUUGGUGCCUUCCGAUUCAUGCUGGAAUCCAACAAGGGCAAGUCAAUGUUGGAGUUCCAGGAACUAAUGACAGUUUUUCAGCUGCUGCACUGGAAUGGCAGCCUUAAGGCCAUGAGGGAGAGACAGUGCUCUCGGCAGGAAGUGUUGGCUCAUUAUUCACACCGGGCCCUGGAUGAUGAUAUUCGCCAUCAAAUGGCAUUGGACUGGGUGAGCCGGGAGCAGAGUGUGCCAGGGGCACUGUCUAGAGAGCUGGCCUCUACUGAGCGGGAGCUGGACGAAGCUCGGCUGGCAGGCAAGGAGCUGCGCUUCCACAAGGAGAAGAAAGAUAUUCUCCUGCUGGCCGCUGGGCAGUUGGGCAAUAUGCAUUCCUCCAACUGCUAGGCGUCCAUGCACAUACUCCCCAUCCUCUCCAGGCUCUUUUUGAUAAUGUCUUUUCUAAGACUUAGUAUGAUUUCUGUACAUACUUUCUCAAUUUUAUACUUUAAAAUAUAGAUAUAUAUAUGUAUAUGUAUAAAUUCUACACUCAGAUCCCAAGUUGCUGAGAGAUCCCUUUUCUUCUAGUUUUUGGAUGUAGUUUCCUUUGAAACAUCCCCAUUCCACUUUGUAAAAAGAGCAGGCUGUCUUCAGAGCUUUGUUGGUGCUUAUACUCCCAGCUCUGUGUAGUCAUUUCAAUAGCACAAAAUGAUUGACAAAGUGUUCUUAUAAUCUAACAGGGAGUUCGAAUAAGGUCUGUGUGCCCCACCCUCACCCUCAACCUCAUUCCUGCUUUCUCUUGGACUCCAAACAGGGUACGAGUAUGAAGGCUCUGGCUUGAGUUUAUCUUGAGUUGGGCCUACUUAGUACUGAGCUGUUCCUCCAGUGACUAGACAUUUCCUUGCCUAGACUCCCCACCGACCGCUUCCCGCCACUCCCUUACUCCUCCUCUGCCUCCAAGCGGUACUUCAUUUUGAGACUUCCUUUAUUAAUUUGGAAGGAAGUAGACAGCUGCUUUCUCAUUGUUCAAAUUAUUCCUGAGAAACUUCCCAGGAAGAAGAGAGGAAUUAUAAACACAAAACUAGGUGUUUAUCACCUAAGUUGCUUCUGGGGCAUAGAUACCAUACCAGCUUCCCAGGUGUGUUCUUGCUCCAGAAGGGAUCAGCAUUGAAGCCUCUUCCAAUAUUCCCUCUUCACUCCUCUCUGCUCACCCAGCUUCACUGAGCCCUGUGUUUAAACCUUCCUGUCUGCAGAAAUGGGUAGGAGGGAAAACAUAUUUCCCGACUCUGUCUCUCCCCUUCAUGUUGCUCUUUGGAAACAUUAUUUGUCCUCUUUGGUGAGGGCCGUGUUCCUCUCUCUCCCACAAAGUUGCUGCUGUUUGCUAUCUUUGAUGUCCAUAGAUUCACAGUUGUUUUCUCUCUUUUCUUUCCUCUUCUUCCAUGUUGGUUAUUAGAGCAGGAGUUGAUCAAGAAAAUUAGUUGCGACUGGCAUUAUGGCACUUCCUAACUGGAACCCUGGGGAGACUGCAGGAGGGAAAAGAGACUACAUGAUCAACUGUGUUUUUAAGACUCUCCGCCUCCCACCCCCAAUCUCUCUCCUGGGUGAAAUAGGGGAGAAAUAUCUGGAGUACAGCUAACGCAUUCCUCUUUGGGAGAAUUUUUUAUAGGUCUCUCAAAGAUGCGUUUUCCCUUUGUUUCUAUAAACUCCUUUAUACUAUAUUAUAGUUCGGUGCACUUUCCAAAAUGUGCUUGGGACGUUUUCCUGUUUCUGCAAAAUUGGACUUUCCAUUCUAUGAUUAUACACUUUGUUUUUAGAAAUAGGUUAGGAAAUAGGCCACAAUUUGCUCUUUUGGAUCAGACAGGGAUAAGAUGAAAAUCAGCUUUUUUGCUUUUGAAAUCAUCUUGGUGAUCAGUACAUAUGGGAUCAGUGGUAAGGAAUCUAGCAACUGUUUUAGUGCUUGAAAGGGACCUCCUGGAAUUCUCCAGGUCCCAUCUCUGUAUACCACGAAGCACAUGUAGGGUAGGAGUAGAGGUUCCUAUGUUAAAUAACAGGUAUGUCUACCCAGUUUUUAUUGGUAUUUAUAAUCCAGACAUCAUAAACCCUCAUUUCUCCUAUGCUCCUUUCUCUGAGAAGUGUGAUGGGGUGUGAGUUGUGGGAAGAACUUCUCCUUUGCACCUCCUGGAUUAUUUUUCUCAAGUUAACAACCAGUUAAGAUCCCAAAGAACUGGAGAAAAAUUGUUCCCUGAUCUGUCCACUUUCAUUGUUAAAGAUUUUACUUAUCUUUUUACUACUUUCUAUGUAUUUUAUAUGUAUAAUUUUAUACAAUUAAAAAUAGAUUUUUGUCUAGUGA